CUUUAUCAAAAUGAUAAGCCGCCUCCGCUGGGGAUCGACCUGAGCCAGAGCUGAUACGAUCUGGAAUAUUUUGAGUCGGGCGUUAAACAUAGUACGCGUUGAAAAAUUUGUCUCAUUCGUAUUUGAGACGUGCACGGAAACACAAGGCGGCGCUGCCGGUCAAUUUUGAAAACUCUCCGAUUUGAAGGUUAAAAUAAAUACAGGCAAUAAAAUGGUAUUUCUAACUAAAUUUGCACGAUUCGGCAUACAAGCAGCCCGCCAAUUGCGUGCUGCGCCCCUCGCUACGCCUCAGUGGCGUAGCAUUCAUGUGAGCAGCUUUCUCGAUGCCGAGCGCCGCUACACCGAUAAGCAUGAAUGGGUCGAGCUAGUGACCAAUAACACAGCCAUCGUAGGCAUUUCCAGCUAUGCCCAAGAGGCUUUGGGAGAUGUUGUGUUCGCCCAAUUGCCGGACGUUGGCACAGAGCUGAAGCAGGACGAUGAGUGCGGUGCUCUGGAGAGUGUGAAGGCAGCCAGCGAGGUAUAUUCACCAGUUAGUGGCAAGGUCACUGAGAAGAACAAUCUGGUAGAGGAUACCCCGGCCUUGGUUAAUACCAGCUGCUAUGAAAAGGGUUGGCUCUUUAAAGUCUCACUAAAAAAUCCCGAUGAAGUCGAGAAACUCAUGACUGAGGAGCAAUACAAAACGUACCUGACCACCAGCACUGACCACUAAACAGGAAUGGAGCUAACCAGCUAGUUCCUGCUUCAAGCACACACUUAAAAACACUCAACACUACCCAUUCUACUCAUCAUCCUAUACGCAUUGUUGUUGUCGCAUUUGAAUUUCGUUCGCUACGCUUUAAGAAUAAACUACGUACAUACAUAUAGAGA